AAUUUGUAUUAUUUUUUUUGGGACAUAGAUACAUAACUUGAACACUAGGAAUAAAUUUUAUUGUACAAAUUUCAUACUAAUUCAAAUGCUAUUAUUGAGCUUUUGAAAGUCAUUUGUGAGCUGAGAUGCAUAGGGAUUUCACUUUGGAUUGACUAAUGGAUUAUGCAUUUUUUGCCUUUUCUUUUUUCAUUGUAUUUUCAGUGAAUAUAUUAGACCAAUUCUAUUGGCCCUCUCAGUUCUAUUUUUCAUUUAGCAUUAAUUGCAAAUACGGUACAAGGAAUUUUUCAUGUAUGAGGUUCAAGUGGUGGAGCUAUUGUUUCUCUUUUCUGUUUUUGACGCUCUAACAUUGCAUAUCUUAGUGGCCCUUCAACUUAGUUGCAUUUCUGCUUUUGAGCAUUUGUAUCUUUCAUUUCAUAUGAACAUGCUUGUUUUGGUAAAAAAAAACUUUGUGAAUGUUUAGACAUAUACCUGCCCCUCUCAUAUUAGUUAAGCUUUUAAUUUGUCUCAUUCUUGGUUGAUGAAUACUUAAUUCUUACUUUUUGCACUUUCUAUUUAUAACUUUGGCCACUGUAUUAUGACUUAGAAACACUUAGUUAGCUUUGAUUUCUAUCUUUUGCAUGGUUGUUGAAGUAAGUACAUCUGUGAUGCUGAAAGUUUUCUUAAUGUUUUCUAGGAUGACAUUGUUCUUAAUUCUUUGUGCAUGCAUGCACUUAGACUCUGAUCUAGUGAUGUUAAGCUUGAAGGAAAUUGGAAAACUCAAGGCUGCCUCCAAGAGAAGAGGCAAAAUACUUGGUGUGCAAGCAAUCUCUCACGAGAGACUCUUACUUUUGUUUGCAUUUUGCAAGAGGUGUGUAGAUGUGACUGGAGCUUACAGUGCUCUAAAGACGGAGCUUAACAUAAGCUUGACAGCAAUAGGCCUUUUGUGGACUACAACUGGCUUUAUUGCAAAGAGGAUUACACAUGGACCUGUGGAAGAAAGGGAAACAAGAAAGGGAAACAGGUAUAUGACAAGUGCACAACAAAUGGACUCACAACAAAGACAAGUGCACAAAGGAUGAUGAAUUGAAGGAUGGAGCAAGUUUCAUGCAUGGUUUACUUUUGUGUAUCUUGUAAUUUUUUGUUUUUCAUUUUUGAAGUAAAAAAUGUUCAAGAUUAUAAUACUUUAUUAUGUUAUGCUUUCAAACUUAAGUUAGAACUAAGAUCUCAUGAAAUAGA